AUGGCCAACAAAAAAAAAGAUAAACUUUUUCAAGAUAUCGGAGAGAUUGUGCAAGCAGAAAAUGAAGAAGACAAUAGACCUAUGGAAAUUGAAAGUUAUUGUGUGAAUUGUGAAAAAAAUGGAAUUACAAAAAUGUUGUUAACUAGGAUUCCACAUUGGAGGGAAAUUGUGAUCAUGAGUUUUGAAUGUGAGCAUUGUGGCCUAAGCAAUAAUGAAGUUCAAUUUGCUGGUUCAUUUGCAGAGAAAGGAUGUGCAUACACUUGUGAAAUUGAUACAAAAGAAGAUCUCAAUCGUCAAUUAGUAAAAUCCGAAACAGCAACUGUAAUAAUUCCCGAACUUGAACUUGAAAUUCCUUCUACCACGAAAAAAGGUCGAUUAACCACGAUUGAAGGAUUAGUGACAAGUAUUAUUGAAGAUUUAUCGACUAAUCAACCAGUAAGAAAACAUACUGAAGAAAAAACUUAUAAUAAAAUUGAAAAUAUUAUACAAAAACUUUCAAAUUAUUUGGAAAAUAAAGAAAAGUUUUCGGUAACUGUGGAUGAUCCCGCAGGAAAUAGAGAAGUAAUUAUCAUGUCGACUGUAUGUGAUAAUUGUGGUUAUAAAUCUAAUGAAGUUAAAACUAAUGGAGGAAUUCAUCCCACUGGAAAAAAAAUAACUCUUUUAAUGGAAACUAUUGAUGAUUUGUCUCGAGAUAUUUUAAAAUCAGAGACAUGUGGAUUAUCAAUUCCCGAGUUAGAUUUAGAACUUCAAUCUGGUACAUUGGGAGGUAGAUUUACUACUAUCGAAGGACUUUUACGACAAGUUUAUGAUGAAUUAAUAGAGAGAAUCCCUUUUGUUAAUAAAGGUGGAGAUAGUGUUCAAGAUAAACGUAGAGAGACUUUUAAAAAUUUUUUGGAAAAAUUGGAUAAAGUCAUUAGUGGCGAAGUUUUACCUGCUCAUAUAAUAUUAGAUGAUCCUCUUUCUAAUUCUUAUUUACAGAAUCCUUAUGCUCCUGGACCUGAUCCAAAUAUGGAAAUAGAAAUUUAUAAGAGAAGUUGGGAACAAAAUGAAAUUCUUGGAUUAAAUGAUAUCGUUCUAGAAAAUUAUGGGUCCACCCCGUAA